AUUACUGAAAAGUUCAAAACUGGUUGUUUUUGGGCAUAUUUCAGAAUUCAGUAAUAAUAUUAAUUUAGUAAAAGUAGAAUGAAAUUUGUUUUGAGUUGAAUAGUGCCUCUUGGUAAAUAAACAAAAUGAAUGAAGCCGAUUUAUUGUAUGGGACUACACUUUCAUUGGAAUCUAUGAAAGUGAUAGCUGAAAGCAUUGGAGUUGGUAAUUUACCAGAUGAUGCUGCCAAAGAAUUGGCAGAUGAUAUAUCUUAUAGAUUAAAAUUAAUAAUACAAGAUGCAGCGAAAUUUAUGCAUCAUGCUAAACGAACGAAAUUAUCAACACAGGAUGUAGAUCACGCUUUAAGGGCGAAAAAUGUCGAGCCUCAAUAUGGAUUUUUUUCGCCUGAUUCGGUUCCUUUUCGUUUUGCUUCCGGUGGCGGCAGAGAAUUACAUUUUGUUGAAGAAAAAGAAGUUGAUUUAAAUGAAUUUUUACAAGCACCACCACCCAAAUUACCCUUAGAAGUGACACUACGUGCUCAUUGGUUGUGUAUUGAUGGUGUUCAACCAACUAUUCCUGAAAAUCCACCACCCGUAUCGAAAGAAAUACAAAAGAUUGAAUCAAUAGAUCCAUUGAGUAAAUUAAAUAAAAGUUCAAAAGAAAUGGCUGGUAAGCCAAGUACUGGUAAAGUGCAAAAGUUACGUAACGUUGAAACAGUACAUGUGAAACAAUUAGCCACACAUGAAUUAUCCGUUGAACAACAAUUAUAUUAUAAAGAAAUAACUGAAGCAUGUGUUGGUUCAGAUGAAGGACGUCGUGCUGAAGCAUUACAAAGUUUAGCAUGUGAUCCUGGUUUACAUGAAAUGUUGCCACGUAUGUGUACGUUUAUUGCCGAAGGUGUCCGUGUUAAUGUUGUGCAAAAUAAUUUAGCACUCUUAAUAUAUUUAAUGCGAAUGGUAAAAGCAUUGCUGGAUAAUCAAUCUUUGUAUUUGGAGAAAUAUCUACACGAAUUAAUCCCUUCGGUAUCAACAUGUAUUGUAUCACGCCAAUUAUGUAUGCGUCCUGAAUUAGAUAAUCAUUGGGCAUUACGAGAUUUUGCAUCUAGAUUAAUGGCACAAAUAUGUAAAAAUUUCAAUACAAGUACUAAUAAUGUACAGACUCGAGUAACACGUAUGUUUAGUAAAGCAUUAUAUGGUGAGAAAACACCUUUAUCUAGUUUAUAUGGAGCGAUUGAAGGUCUUUCUGAAUUGGGCACAGAAGUAAUUAAAGUAUUUAUUGUGCCUCGCAUUAAAUGUAUAUCAGAUCGAAUUGAAGGAAUUAAUUACGUUGCUACGGCGAAUGUAGAUAAAAUAGCUGCUGGACAUAUAAAACAUCUAAUGGUGAAAAUCUUAGCACCAAUUUUGAAAACAAUGCGAUCACCUCCCGAUGUUAUUGAAGAAUAUAAAGCUGAAUACGGAGCUUUAGGAGGUCCUUUACAAAUGGCUGUUAUUAAAGCACGUAGUCAACCGGCAGUUAGUAAUUCAACCAUGGUUACUAAUGCCGUAACAUCAGCAACGUCUGUUAUAACAGGUGUGACAUCUGUUAGACCACCUUCGGUACCAGGAUUAACGAAUACAAGUCUAAGUACUCCCGGGCGAACUAUUGUUAUGGGUACACCAGGCCAAGUUAGGCAACAAACACCCACGAAUCAAAAAUAUGUAAUUGUUGCUCAACGACCCCAAGCUCCAAAUACACAAUUAGUAUCGACAUCAUCGAUACAACAAUCUGCGCAGCAAUUAAAUACGGUUGUUAAAUUUGUAACUACGUCGAAUACAAUACAAACACAAAAAAUUGUACAAGCUCAAUCGAAAGUGGUUGUAAUGGGAGUUUCUUCUAGUGGUGUACCGACUGUAUCAAACACUACCACACCGAGUCAGUAUUCUGUUUCAGUCGUCGGUGGAAAUAAUAUCCCAACCUUUAACAGUAAUGACGAAGUCGACAAUAAUAUCAGUGAAAUCAUCAAUCUUGGAGAAAAUGAAAACUGAAUUGGAAGAUUUAUCUAGUUUUUAAGAUAGUUUUUAUA